UCAGAUCAUUUCAAGGAUGGCGGAGAAGAAGAAGAUGUCUUUUCUCCGCGCUCUUGAGAAUGUUGACCUGCCAAAAGUAUUCAAGAUGACAGAGGGAAGUCUGCAAAUUCCAAAAUGGAAGACAUUUAAGGGUGGUGAAUGUUUUGUUGUGUUUUCGUGUGAAAAGCAAGUGAUUGUCAAGGAUUGCAUAAAAUCAAAUAUGUCGCGAGAUUUAAAACAGAACAUGGGAUUUAUACCUUGGGAUACUUCGGAACUCUUCUACGAUAUUCAUUGCCUCGGGAAAACUUAUGAUGAAGUAGAAAUGUUGAUCAAAGAAUUUCCAAGGUAUAUAAUUCCAGCCUCUGAUUUAUUUGCAAUUUGUGAGAAAGAUGGAGAAUGUGAAAGCAUCCGAGUUGAGAAGAAAAGUUUGUUAGAAGUGAAGGAAAUUCGGGAAUACAAAGGGAAUUUCUCAAAGUCUGGAGAAGAGUAUACAAAUGCACAAGAACUUCAUGGUGAAAUGUUGUGUUGCUCUGUCAAAGAGGGUCCAAAGUCUGGUCUUGAAAUUGUCUUGCCCAACGCAAUAAGGUGUGGGAUGGAAAUAAUUCAAGACACUGAAAAAUAUUCAAUGCAGGAUAUCGUCGAACGAUUUAACUUGCCUAGGAAAGUAAAAUUCUGCAACCGACAAAUUGAUCAACAUUUAAUAGCCACUCAAAAAUUUGAAAAUGAAAUUGUUGCGUCUUCCCUAUCCAACAAAAUGCUUUUUCUUGCGGACCUAGGAAAGUGCAAUGUGGUGUGUGUGGAUAAAUACGUGCAGGAAUGUUCAAAUGUUGUAUGUGAACUUCUAGAAAAUUUAGAUUUAUCCUCUGUCCAUGUGGAGGUGUUAGAAAAUUCAAUGGAGGAGAUAGACACAUUCUGUCCUUUCUAUGUGGUUCCAGAGGCAUCAAUGUUCAGUGACAUCCAGACUUACAUUAUUAAAGGAACUGAAAAGAAACGUGAGAUAAAAGCUAACGAAGGACCUGAAACUGAUACUGACCGACCAGCCCAGGCAGGCAUUGACGAAGAAUACAUCGAACUUUGGAAGCCGUCUUCUCCCAAGCAACCAGAGACUAGCGGUAAGGAAGGGGCCAGCAGUGAAGACGUGUCUCCUACCCAGCCCCCGAGAGUAUCUAGUCCUACAACUCACAGUGCACAUUCGCCUAGAGGAUCAAGUCCAACGCCAAAUAUUUCACCUCCGCCUCGAGUGCUUAGCCCUACCAUUCCUCCGCGGUCAAAAGAAAAAUGUAAAACGAUGCCUGUCGCCGCCAUAAAGGUCAGCGACCCCGUUAUUUCAGUUCCGCCUAGGUCAAUGUCCCUUCCGACUGAUUCACUCAAUCCCUCUGUUGAAGUAGGCAAAAAAUCUUUAGAAAAUUUAGGAGUGGAGGCAUUGUGCUCUCUUUUGAGAGAAUACAAGCUGGAUAAACUAGCCGACGUGUGCAAAGACGAAAAGGUUGAUGGAAAUUUCAUUACAUGCUUAACUGAAGAUGAUCUAAAGGAUGAGCCGUUCUCUCUUGGAAAUUUUCAAAUUAAAAAGCUCAAUAAACUCAAAAGUGGUUGGAGAGCAACCUAAAACAUUAGCACAAUUUUGAAACAUUGAAUUUUACACUUUAGAUCCCAGAUUCAGUUCAACUAAGAAGUUCAAGUGAACCAACCUCUUUGAUCGACGUUUGUGCGUUUCCAAUUUAUCUGUGAGCUAAAACUUUUCGAACACUACUCGUCAAGCUCACUUAUUCUCAAGGCGAUACGCCAUUAGCUGGUUUAUGGGAAUUCGAUUUUGCUGAAAUGAACCUUUUAUCGCUGAUAAUUGAGGAGGAAAAUCAAGUUUAAUUAUGUGAGCGUUGAGGCCCGAGUCUCGCUCUCGAAAUUUUGAUUAAUUUAAGCGUUUGAAUUACUCGUGCCUAUAUGCAUCCCGACAUUUCAUAUUUUGUUCAUAAAUGGCCACAUUGAUUGCAUAUUUGUAUAUGUUCGUUAAUUUUAAGAUGCCGAAGUAAUCCCAGUGAUCUUUUGUUCUUGUAAAUAUAUAUAUUU